AUGGCAAAAUCGGACUACGAGAGCGACGAGCUGCUGGACAGCGAGGAGGACUACGAGCUCGAGAGCGAAGAGGAGUACGAGGAAUAUGGCCAGGACGAGGACGAGGAAGAGGUGAUCCCGAAACGGCGUGGGCGCCCGCUGAUCGAGGAGGCCGUGGUGCAGGAGGUGGGCAAGCGGCGACGGGCCGCGCCACGCACCUACAGAGAGCCGACCGAGGACGAAUUGCCGUAUUCCGAGGACCUGGACGAGUCUGCUGACGGGUCGAGCCCGCCCACGGACCUUGCGCGGAUGACCGAACGGCAGCGGGCGAAAUACAUGGAGGCUGCCGAGGAAGACAGCGAGCGCCAGGGCAGCAGCGAGCUGCUGGAGCUGACCAACGAACGCAGCAAGAAAAAACAGUUUACAGAGGAGGAGCUGCAAUUGCGUCGGCUCGAGAACGCACGCAAGCGCAAGAACUUCACGAUGAAACGGCUGGAAAUGGAGAAACAGGACACAUUAAAUAAGUUAUUGCUCAAGCGGGCCGACAAGGUGCGCAAUCUCAAGAACCUGGAGGGCAAGGAGUACGGCGACGAGGAGCCUGAGCCGGCAGAGGCUCCGCGGCGGCCUGUACUUGUGCACCCAGCGCUGUCACGCUGGGAGUGCAAGCUCCAAGAGGGCGAGGUGUUGAGCACGUAUUCGUAUAAUGGAUAACUAUAGAGGGCAUGGACCACCAGUAGUUGCUGCCCGCCUCCCCCACACAAACUGCCCGACGUAGUGUGGGUGUGCCAAAAAAAAAGUCACAAAUCGGGCUGUGGAAUUUUCUUAUGGUUCGCCAGAUUCUUGCCACCUGUGGAGCGACCGUCUGUUUCGACCGGCUCGUCCAGUACGUUCUGGACAAAAGGUUCUUUGCGCUCGUACUACGACUGGGAUACGAUCGGCUGGUGGUGCAAUACGGUAAAAGCGCCGCCGGCAGAGAAUUGGUGGAGAAACUGACGUCCGAGUAUACCGUGCGCGACAACGUGUUCACGGUGAAUCGGCUCGAGGUGCAAUUGCUCGCGUUCGACCCAGAAAUUGUGAAGAACUAUACCGCGCAGAGCGAUCUGGUGAUUUCUCACGGGGGCACCGGGUCCGUGCUGGACACGUUACGAUGCAACAAAAAACUUGUCGUGCUGAUCAAUACGGCACUGGCAGACAACCACCAGCUCGAGAUUGCCGAGGCGUUUGAGCAGGCGGGCGUGCUGGAGUACGUGCGUGGGGGGUUUUCAGAAUUCCUGGAGGUUGUGGAACGGGUCAAUUGCCGAGAAUUCGAGCCGCUCGCCAUCCCCGAGGGCAAGGUUGUCGAAAGAAUAAUCUGGAGCUAACGGAAUGGUGCUCGGCUCCGGAAGACCCGUUCAACGUGUAGUGCCGCAGAGUACCGUCGAGUACAUGUUGAUAUAUAAAUCAGAUUACUGUUUAUUUGGGGCUCGAUUCGUGGAGAUCGCCGUUGCCGGACCGAGAUACGAGGGGGCUGGGUCGCGAGGUUGCGCGCGAAUAAAGUGUAACCAGCAUUUGAUCGCGCCAUCAGAAAAAGCACCAAAACACAUAGCCAAAUGUGGUAUUUUUUCUUAAUUUAGUAUUUAUUAGAUUUAAUUUAUCCAAAAAUG